AUGCGGCUUGGCGCGUGGCUCACCAUCGCCCUGUGUACAUGUGUUGCAUUCGCAUGGGCAUCAAAAGGCCAUGAGCUGACGCGCAUGGAGGUCGAUACUCAUCUGCCAUAUGCGGUGUUGCCGUCCGUGCCCAUCUCGAUCCAAGACUUGGAGCUAUCCAACGUGCUGCUUGUCACGACCGUCGAUGGUCGCCUACAUGGUCUAGACCGCACAUCUGGCUCUCUGCUUUGGUCAUUUCCCAGCACCUCUGAUACUAGCGUACACGCGCCACUCGUUACGUCCAAGUACGACCACCGUUCCAUGGAACAGCUCGCCAAAGACGCGCGUGAUCACGGCGAUCCAACACUGGUACGAGCCCUUCAAGAAGAUGGUAUCUACGUCGUCGAGCCGUCUUCCGGGGGCGAUAUGUAUAUCCUUCGUGUACCUCCUGGCGCCACCAUACCCACGUUGGAAAAGCUGCCGUUCACUCUUCCUGAUCUCGUGUCUAUAAGCCCCUUUACUUUGCACGCCGAAGACCCCCGUAUCUUUGUUGCCGAAAAGCACACAUCUCUUAUGGAAUUGAAUGUGUUCACUGGAACAGUGCGUGCAGUAUACAGCAGUAGUGACACGGGCCUACACCAUGCCACAAGCCAUGCCCUCGAUCCACGCACUGUGUCGCGGAGCCAUUCCGACACAGACGGUACGGCUGACGAUGCCAUCGAAUCGCCAUGGGUCUUCAUUGGUCGCACGGACUAUACCCUCAAUAUCCAUGUCCGCCAUGUGCCGCAUGCAGUCCAAACACUACAAUAUCAAGUCUUCUCACCCAAUAUAGCUGACCGCGAUGUGAUGUCACUGUGGCACCAAUCAGCACAGCCGACCGACAAACGUGCAUUUCUCUCAUCUCCUGAAAAUGCCACUGUUCUCUGCUAUGAUUUGCGUCUCGCACGCAAUCCACACAGACACACUACUCAGCCACUGCCGCCCGUGCUGUGGACGUCGCAAAUGGACUCGCUGCCUGUGGACAUAUAUGAUGUGGUGUUUGCCCCCUCUGACGUUGAGGCGCCACUUUUACGUCCCGUCCCCGUACCGCACAAUGCCGGCUUUCUCUCAAGGAUUAUUGUACAACACCAAGGCGCAUCCUCUGCCGAUGAGCUAAGCGCUUUUCUGGGUCUGGCGCCCGAUGGCAGUCUCUUUGCUCUCGGCAGCACCAGAUACCCUUUAGCUGGCUUCGCUGAGCGUGCAGCCGUGCUAAAUCCGGAGCCACAUCAUGCAUCAAGCCUCAUGGCGCCUUGGAUCGGUGGCUACCGCGUGCGGCCUCCCCUGCGACAGGGCAUACCAUUACUUGGCGCGUCACAACCUGUCUUACAACUAGAAGCGCCUCCUUCCAUCGCCACAGAGUGGCGACCGUCGAAGCGACUGGUGGCACAGCUUGUCGGUCUUUUGGCUUUUGCUCUUAUGGUCCUACGAGGCGCCUAUUUGAUAUGGCGUGAAUCACGUCUUCAAUGUUUUGACACAUCAAACCUCUGCUUUGAUGAGGACAAGGUGGUUCAAGAUACCUCAUUGGAAACCGCACCGUCCACACCCAUGCCAGAACUUACGCCAGAGCGACCAGAAAGUGAACCGCGGGCGUCGAACGACCUUGAGGCAGAUCCCAAACGACGGCGAAGGCGUCGCGGAAAGCGCGCAGGUGCAGCUGUGUCGGCUCGUCAGGCCCGUCGAGAAGAGUCUCUGGAACCGAUAACCACGGAGUCACCACCCACGGUGAAUGAGGGCGAGUCACCUGAGCCAUUACCAACGUCCCUGCAAAUCUCUGAUGAAAUCUUGGGAUACGGCUCUUCUGGCACCGUUGUGUUUCGCGGCACAUUCCAGGGUCGCGCCGUCGCCGUCAAACGACUGCUCCGCGACUUUGUACACUUGGCCUCCAAAGAAGUGUCCCUUCUCCAAUCCGCUGAUAAUCACCCCAAUGUGAUCCGCUACUAUUGUCAGGAACUUACCCCGAAUUUUUUGUACAUUGCUUUGGAAGAGUGCCCAGCGAGCCUGGCUGAUCUCAUUGAGAGACCACUCGAUUAUGCCUCAUUAGCAGCUCUUCUAGAGCCGCGACAAGCAUUCAAGCAGAUCACGGCAGGAUUGCAACACUUGCACUCGCUCUCUAUCGUGCACCGCGACAUCAAACCAGGAAAUAUCUUGGUGACACUCACGCCCCAAAACAAGCUGCGUGUCCUGCUCUCAGACCUUGGCCUUUCUAAGCGUAUCGAUGGGCUCACCUUCAGUGCACAGUCACAGAGCGCGCAAGCUGGCGGCACGAUGGGAUGGCGUGCACCAGAGCUUCUUCAAGGAUUCAGCCUGCAUGCUGACGAUGGCAAGGAACGACUUACCCGUGCGGUCGAUAUCUUCUCGUUGGGCUGCGUCGCAUUCUAUAUGCUGACGCGCGGUGGACAUCCAUUUGGCGAGCUGUACGAACGUGAAAUACGAAUUUUACAGAACCAAGUCGACACCAGCGCUCUCUCUGCGUCAGGUGACGAUACUGUCGAAGCUGAAGCUCUGAUCAAGCAAAUGAUUGCACCCAUUCCGAGCGACCGACCCAGUGCGUCGGAUGUGGCCCGCCAUCCAUUCUUCUGGAAUGCUGCCAAACGCGUUGCGUUCUUGCAAGAUGUGAGUGAUCGCUUCGAGACACUGGAACGCACACCUCCGUCAUUUGCGCUUGAAUUACUCGAGCAAAAUGCCGAGUCCAUCGUCGGACCUGAUUGGCGCCGGCGUUUCGACAAAAACUUCCUCGAUGAUCUGGGCAAGUUUCGGACGUACAAUUCAGCCAGUAUACAAGACUUGCUGCGCGUGAUACGCAACAAGAAGCACCAUUUCCAAGACAUGCCCAUCACCUUGAAAAAGCAACUGAGCCCUAUGCCCGAAGGAUUUCUCUUGUACUUUACACGCCGCUUUCCGACUUUGUUUCUUCAUGUGUACGGCGUGCUGGAGCAAUUACCACAAAUGCGCACAGAACCCACAUUUACUAUGUACUAUGAGUCAGAGGAUACGCCCUAG